GUUCUCUUGCCCAAGCUCUGACUAAAGAGUCUCAGUUUUCCUGGGCCGCACAUGUCGUUGGUUGAUUCUGCGCCUGUCUUUAAAGCUAGGUGCCUCAGCAUUGGGCUUGCCGAAACGGUCAUUGAUUCCCUUCAUGACAAGGGAUGGGACACGCAUGCCACUUUUGCUUUUUCAUGCUCUUAUAUCCCCGGCAGUGGGGAUGAUGCAGCCUUUGUGAUGAAGGUCAUUGAGCCUUUGCUGGGGAGUGCCGAUCAUGCAGAUGGCGCCAAGCUCAGGAGGCUCCAUUUCGAAUCGUAUACUCUAGCUGCUGCUGAGAUGAAACGCAAGGUGGAAUCGGCAGAGGGACAGCCUCCAGCGAAGCUGCCUCCCGCAGAAGUAGCUGAGAGAAUCGCGGUUUUGCAGGCUAAACUUGACCCUUUGCUCAUCGAAAACACCAUGGAGCCGAGCCACGCCCUCAUCAAUUAUGUUUCCCAGGCCGUCGAAGAUGGCAGGUGGAGAUAUAUUGAAUGGGAUCGCUGCACUACGAGAGCACAAGAGGUCAAUGGCAUCAGCGAGGACACAGGGUUGAAGGUUUGGCGCCCUGACAAGCAUUCUGGUGUAAUCAAGGAAUUUCACCACGAGCCAAAGCUGACGGCCCCCUUGACCACCGAUUUGGAGAUUUCCAAUGCUCUGAAGCGCAGAGGCGUGGCCUAUGAAGUUGCGCAGGCAAUGAGCUUCAAAUCGCAUGAGAAGCUGGUCAACUUGCUUUUCAAUGAAUAUUUGAAGCCUGCGCCCGACGGUUUCGAGAAGAUUUCGAUCUCCCAACUUGUGGCUGCAGACCGUGAGGUGCAUGUUAGACUGGCUGAGGCCACCAAGGCGGGACUUGCGAAUUCGCCUGGUGUGAUGCCCUUAGAUCAACACCUGCAGACAGUCCUAGAUAUGCCUUGUGUCAUGUGGCAAUUGAUGCCCCGGCCCAAGCGGCCCCAUGCGCCAGUGGCGAAGGCCAGCAGUUCAAAGCCAAAUGUGAGCAGUUCUCCAAGCAAGAACCCUGUGAAGAAGCGGUUAAAGCCUGCGAAGGCAGGUCAACCACCGCCUAAGAAGGCGAGGCAAACUUUUCCAAUGCCGAAAGGGCUCAUGGGAGGUGUCGCUUUUGAUGACUCCAAUCGUCCCAUUUGUUUCGGGUACAAUUUAGGGACCUGCAAGAACGGCCCGGAUUGUCCCAAAGGAAGACACGUAUGCUGCAAGGCAGGGUGCUUUCAGACGGGUCACACUUUCUUGACCCAUCAGUGACACACUGACCAUGCUGAACCUGCCGAACAGCCGAUUUUUGUGCAAGACGCGCCUGUUUCCACCCGUGACUCACUUAUUGCACAGCACUUCUCAAGGAAGGGUGCUACGUUCUUAGAACUGUUCUGUGGAACGGCGGGUGUCACUGCUUGCAUGAGGCAAUGCGGUUUUGAGGCACUCGGUGUUGACCAUUUCCUGAACAGGG